AUGACUAGUCCGCUUACGGGUUACUAUAUAGCUUGCGGAGCCCUCUAUUUUGGUUAUACGGAUAAUUGCUUUAAGGCCUAUUAUAAGAAGAGUAAUAUAAUACUUCCUUUAAUCCGCAAGCCUCCUCUAUACCUCUCUUACCUCUUUACGGGCAAUAAUCCGCUCUACCGGGCCUUCCGGGCGAAUAUCCGGGUAUAUAAUUAUACUUUUGCCUUUAUAUUAGUUAAGUAUAAGAAAGAUAUACGAAUUAACUUCUCCUAUAGGAUCUAG